CUCUGAUUUAAAAGCAGAUUACUGGCUUUAUCAGAGCAUGGGCAGUACUCACCUAACACUGCAAACAAAAUGCUGCUUCUAGCUUCAGCUUUUUUUUCUAACACUACUGCAGUGCUCUGAUGCCCAAAAUAAAAUAAGCACUACAAGUGCAGACUGUGAUACCAUUGAAACAGAUACAGGUAUGGCCCUGGAUUUGGUCAACAGACAUGGCAGAGAUGGCUUUGGUUUUGGUUGGUUCCGUGUUGCUGAUGCACAUAAAUGACAUAUAAGAAUAUACAUAAGCCUUUUUCAAAGAUUGCCUAAAUGCCAAAGCAAAUCAACAGCAGAAGAAGCAGAAGAAUACAAAAUUGCUUUAACUAGAAGAUAAAAGAGACCAAGGACAUGCAGAUUUACUAGCACACCUGGCCACCUUUUAGCUGCUUGCUUAUGCAACUAGAAUCCAGGCACAUGUGCACUGUUUAAGAAGUGUUUUACACGUUUCAGUAUGGCAACUGAAAAACCAGUGAAAUUCAUCACUCCUCUACUUAACUUUGGAUGUGCUAGAAACUGAAUGCUCUGUGUUAUCCAGAAGACACUGGGAGUAUUGUGAAUAUAGGAGCAUCUAUUCCAUGGCAAGUAGUGGCUAAAGGUUUGGAAAGGAUUGACUCCUCAAAUAAGUACAGCUUUAUUUAACCAGUUGUCCCAAAAGAGCUAUACUCUGCAUUGCACUGUUGGUAGCAGUACUGAUCUUUUAAGAAUUGGCUGAUAAAUAAAGGACACUAGAAAUGGGUUUUUUUAAAGCCUUUUCCUAGUAUAUUAGCCAGAAAUAUCAGUGAUCUAUUUUGUCAUUUUUCCAUCAUACUGUUUGUGGUAUGACUAGAAUAUUGGUAGUGACAGUACACGUAUGAUAUGUAGCAAUACUUGACCUCUAUUGCGCAGUCCAGUGAUGCAGCCUGGGAUGAGAACUAUGACUUUAGUUAAAUCAGAGAGUGGUGAUACUGCCACCACACAGGACAAAGCAGGAAGGUCACAAGAAGACAAGACAUUUGCUCUUUUUGUUAAUAUAGGGAAAACGCAUGGAAGAAAAGGUCCGUUCACUUUUUGAUAAAGACGUAUGUAACCUUGAGUAUCUCUGGUAUCCUAACUUCCCCUGCUAGCUAGUAUCAUCUUACUGUAAAUAAAUAUUAGAAUGUCUGAGAAGGCUGGUUUAGUUUUCCACUGUCUACUCAGUUGUGCAAACUGAGAAUUAAAAUAAAGGCUCUUGUAGAGCGAGAUCUCAUUUUAUCCGAAUGCAAAUUUUGAGUAGUACCAGAUCAAACAUUCCACUAAUGACCACAUCUGCGGUACUUAGAAGUACUGUACAUGAAAAGGAGGCAUAAUUUCUAUGAUCACCUACAUCAAAUUAAAUCCAGUGAAAAUAACAUCAUAAUCACAUAUUUACUUUUCCUCUCAGGACUCUGGGCAAUGUAAGAUUAUCACAAAUAAAAGCCAGCUGCUGAAGAAACCUCAGCUAUAUGGAUUUAACUGUACUCUAAGUCCAGACUGCCUCUCAUGAAGGUCACAUUUUAGAAUUCUCUAUAAAAGAAACCAACCGUUUCAAAUACACACAACAAGCAGAUCAGGCAUUGGAAUGUGAUUUUCUGGAUGACUCUCACACUCAACAUGACUAUGGACGAAGAUGGAGAUAUUCAGCUCUGGGAAAACCACACAGACAUUCCCAUCCCCAUCAUCAUUUGGUCACAGACAUUGUUACAGACAUCACCACAAACAUCGCCACAGACAUGGACGUCCAUUCAGACUUGAAGACGCUGAGCAUAACCACAGUUUCAAUGAAGAACAUCAUGACAACCAUGAAGGACCUGCUCCUCCUUCUUCCCCCCAUGGUGGACCACAUCACCAUCUUCACCUUCCACAUUAUUGUCCUACAUUUCCUCCCCAUGAUGGAUCACAUCCUCUUCCCCAGGAGGAAUCACAACCACCCCCUUCUGCUCCUCCUCCCCAUGAUGUGACACAUCAUCCUACUCCAUCCCAAGAAGAAGUAUAUGAUCUCCCUUCUCUUCCUCCUCCCCACAAUAAGCCACAUAAUGCUCCUCCUCGUCCCCAUCAUAGACCGCACUGUCCUCUCCCUCCUCAUGGACCACACCACCACCAUUCUUUCCAUCAUGAACUACACUGUCCUUUUCCUCCUCAUGAACUACAUCACCACCACCCUCCUCCCCAUCAUGGACCACACCACCCGUCUCAUGUCUGUCGUCACUAUUACAGACAUCACUGCAACAAGACAAGCACAUCAGGAAAAUACUUUCCAUUCCAAACAACAGGAGCUGUCUGUCGCAACCCAGUUCUGAAUCAGCAGGACCCUCUCACACCUCCCACUGCAAAUUUUCCUGAGCUAUUCCAAAGAAACUCUCACUCCUCCAUGAAUGGUGAAGGCAUUCUCUUCACUGGCUCAAGUCUAAAAGAGAUGCUAGAAACUCUGGGUUUUCCAGAUCACUCUACACAAUUAAAAUCAUGCCCAGGAAACUCCAAAUUUCUUCUUCCAAAAAUUUUGCCUAUUUUGCCUCAUUUAAUUCUAACCAAAAUAAAAAUUCCCAAAUAGUGAAAACUACCAUCUCAAAUAUUUCAUUUUAUUACAAUUCACAAUUACAGUGUAAUUCUCUGAGGAAAUCUGACCUAGAGGAAAUCUGAUCACCUUCCACAAAAAAUGAUCCAUGGCAUUACACUCAUGCUAUCUAAGAGAGAACCUAAGAAAAUAAAAAUAAGUUUAUUUGUUUGACAGUU